AAACAGCAGUUUAAGCUUUUGCGCAUGCGCCGUUUUGACUCCUUCAAUAUCCACGAGUCGAGGAGCAACGCUGAAAGAUGACAACGAUGCUGCACGCGUUACUGAUCCUGGCUCUGCUUGGCCUUGGCUCAGGAGAGGAGGGAGCUCGUCUGUUGGCCUCCAAAUCCCUCCUGAACCGCUAUGCUGUCGAGGGCCGGGACCUGACCCUGCAGUACAACAUCUACAAUGUGGGAUCCAGUGCUGCCCUGGAGGUGGAGCUGUCCGAUGAUUCUUUUCCCCCUGAAGACUUUGGAAUCGUUUCAGGAAUGUUAAAUGUCAAAUGGGACAGGAUUGCACCAGCCAGCAAUGUCUCUCACACAGUGGUGUUGCGCCCCCUCAAGGCUGGUUACUUCAACUUCACCUCAGCCUCUGUCAGCUACCUGGCCCAGGAGGGAGGACAAGUCGUGGUUGGCUACACCAGCGCCCCUGGCCAGGGAGGCAUCCUGGCUCAGCGGGAGUUCGACCGGCGCUUCUCUCCACACUAUCUGGACUGGGCUGCGUUCGGCGUGAUGACUCUGCCCUCCAUUGGUAUCCCUCUGCUUCUCUGGUACUCCAGCAAGAGGAAGUAUGACUCGCCAAAGGCCAAAAAGAACUGAGAGAGCACGGCUUGGUUUAAGGCUGGGGGUUGGAUGGGGAUUUUAAGUCGCAGGCAUAAGUGGGCAUAGGAUCUCUGACUAACUUAAUAACCCCUAUUGGGGUUGAAAGAAAAGUAGUACAGUUACUACUGUAACAGCCUUUUGGGGAUUUUGGGAUUGUGUACAUAUUGAACGUACUGCAAAUUUGAAGUUCAUAGCCAGUUGAACAUCAACAAUAAAUGAAUAAAAACAGA